GUUUAAAAAAAAAAAAAAAUGAAAAGUGCUCCCUGGGAGCAUGGCACAUGAAUUCCCCAGUGCAGGGCGGUGGUAAUUGGAUAUUUCCUGCUUCAAUUGCUGGCAUGUACUGCUCAAUGGUGAAUCACGGGGGAAUGAAAAAGCCAUCCUGCUCCAAUUACCAGAUGUGAGGACAAGCACGUGGGUUGCUGAACUAAGGGGCAUCCGCACUCAGCGCCUUGAACCUCUGCGCCUUCCAAAGAGGAGGUUUUGCACAGAACAACCAGACAGCAGAUGCGGUGAGGGGCAGUUACGGCUCUUGGAUCAUGGCCCCCGAAGGUCUCUGCGGCUUCUCCCUGUCCUAGAGGCUCCACCCACUGCCCCGGAAGCCUGUCAGACAUUUUGCAAGCUUGCUUAGCUUCAGCGGUUGCAUCUGAACUGAGAAUUAUGUUCUUAAGCAGGACUUUAAGGCUCUUUCGGCCAGAGGCCGUCCUCAGGACCCUGGCCCCUCCUUGCUACCUCCACACAUCGGCCAGCCAGCUGAACUCCAACCGCGCCACCAUCGCUUGUAUCCCGAGGCAGAAAUUCGCCAGGGUCUACCCGGUUCUGAUGGUCAGACCCGAUGGCUCGACCAUCCACAUACGCUACAAGGAACCGAAGCGGAUUCUGAUGAUGCCGAUAGACAUCAACACGCUCCCGGAAGCACAGCGGAAGGCCAGGCUGCGGAGAAGGGAAGUCAGCAAGAUUGUAGUCAAGGAGGACGUUCAGUUUGAAGACGACUUUAGUUUGGACGACUACAGGAAAUUCUGGAAGAAGAAAUGACGCUCCUUUCGGAAAGUUUUUACAGCAGGAACUCUCUGUGAUGGGACUGGCGUCCUUGGGCCAUUGCAAGCAGACUGCUGCCGGUGUACGAAUAAAGAGAUUUUUUUUUUCCAGUU